UCAUCCAUCCGUUCACUUGGUGGUGAAUGUAUUUUGUAUUUAAAUAUUUUGUGAAUAUCUAAUUGAUAUAGUGUACUACUUAUACAAAUGUGACUUUUAAUGAGAUACACGGUGAAAAACGUUGGCGAAAAAGCACCUAUUUAAAAGUCGUGUUAAUGCACAGAACAUUACAGUGAAACUUUCAUCCAACCAGUUGCCGCCGUUUUCGGUUUUAGUUCCGUUACACGGAUUCGGUCCGUGGUCACUAUACCACACGUCACUGAUUUCAUACACCAGGAACAGUGCCCGUCACCGUACGGACUACAUCAAUUGUGUCGCGCAAUAAAUACUAACAACCGAUUUCGUUCAGCGAUAGGCGGACGUCGAACGUACAUCGUUGUAUUUUCCCCUUCCCACGGAAGCUUUAAUAAUAAUAAUAAUAAUAAUCUUAUAUAAUUGCGCGCGUAUUUACAUAGACAUUUUAAACGGUGUAUCCUCCUCGACUGAACUGUCGUCUCGCCGCCUUGUGAAAGUCAUUUCUCAAGGUUCGCCACACCGGUAUACCUACCGUUGGAAUUCCAAUACCGUAACCCAGUGUGAUGUUUGCGUAUGUGUACAUACUACAACAUGGUUCUCAAUAACUGACAGUACGUGAUGGUUCUUUAAGUGGCGCGUAUCGCGGUUGUUGUUGUUCUAUCGGUGAUUUUUCGAAUAUACCCAGCAGUCUGUCGUGUAGUCAUGGCUUUAGCAUCCGAAAAUAAAGAAAUGAUUGUGUUAGAAGCGCAGAAAAAAGAUUUCACCUAUGUGAUGAAGUCCUUGUUCGCCGGAGGUGUUGCUGGUAUGUGCUCAAAAACUACUGUUGCUCCUUUGGAUCGAAUAAAAAUAUUAUUACAAGCUCACAAUAAGCAUUACACUAAUUUCGGUGUAUUUAAUGGCCUUGCUGAAAUUGUUAAACAUGAGAGUUUUAUAGCAUUGUAUAAAGGUAACGGUGCCCAAAUGGUGAGAGUGUUCCCAUAUGCAGCUAUUCAAUUCACUUCAUUUGAAUUCUAUAAAACACUAUUGGGAUCCAUUUUAGGUAAUAGUUCUCAUGUUGGAAAGUUUAUAGCUGGUUCAUCAGCAGGUGUCACAGCAGUUACUAUCACAUAUCCUCUAGAUACAAUUAGAGCACGAUUAGCAUUUCAAGUAACUGGUGAACAUGUUUACAAUGGAAUCAUACAUACAGCUAAAUGUAUUAUCCAAAAUGAAGGAGGAGUAAAAGCUCUAUAUCGAGGUUUUGUUCCUACAUUAUGUGGUAUGGUCCCAUAUGCAGGAUUGACAUUCUUCUGUUUUGAAUUUAUUAAAAAAUUUUGCUUGAGAACUUUACCAAUGCUUAGUAAACAGUCUGAUAAAGAUUCUGGUGGUGCUAUACUUACUGUACCAGCAAAAUUGCUUUGUGGUGGAAUGUCUGGUGCACUUGCCCAAUGUGUUUCAUAUCCAUUAGAUGUCACUAGGAGAAGAAUGCAAUUAGCUAGUAUGGAUCAAACCAAUUCCAAAUAUGGACAUGGUAUGAUCAAAACCUUAGUGACUGUUUAUCGUACUAAUGGUAUUACAAAUGGAUUAUACAGAGGAAUGAGCAUAAAUUUCAUUAGAGCUGUACCUAUGGUGGCUGUUUCAUUUUCUACUUAUGAAUUAAUGAAACAAACUCUAAAUUUGGAUACUGGAGUUGAUUCCUAAUGAGAUUUUAUUUUGAUAAAUGGAUCUGUUUAGAUUAAUAUUUUUUAUUGGUUAAAAAUAUUUAUUAUGUUAUG